UUAUUUUUUUUUUUUUUUGGGAGAUUCUUUCGCUAUGGUUUUACAUGAAGCGUUUUUACGAUGACUGAUUUACGAUACCCAAAGGCUCGAGUUGCACUGCAUUGGAGGAAAUACAAAGGCUCGGCUUUGCGAGACCGGCGGAGAGACGCGCCCUUGAUCGCGUGUGGGACAUUUCUAAUUUUUUUUUGGGUCGACGUCUGUUCGGAGGGGGAUCUUGCUGGUGGGCGAAUGCCAGGGCGAGAGAGUGGAGAGACGCGUGGGUGGAGGAGAAGGAGACUGCUGGGACGGCCAACACACGGCCAUGGCGGCGAUAGGCAGCCCAACACACAGACUAUGGGGGUGGUUGCGGUUUUCAGUUUCGACACAGCUGCCUCCGCGCACUUAUUCUGAAAGAAAAUGUACGGAUACGACUGUCGAAGAGUAGCAAAUAAUUAUGGGUUGCCGGACUAGGUCCAAACAAGCUAAACUUACAUCGCCCCGCAAGCUCGAUCAGAUAAGUGAUCCAACCUGCUCACGCAACG